GUACAAGGAGAUGGGAGUAGUGAACAAGGUGUGCAUGUUCGACAAGGAUGUGAUGUUCCUGGUGAUAUUCGGGCUGCGUGGCGCGCGUCACGAGUACAACGCAGUGCGCAGUCUCAAGUGCGCACAUCGUAUUCGCAGCAUCAUCAGCAAGCUGCCUGGAGUCAUCACCAUCUCUUGCGGCGUCACUGUUGGCACAACAUACUGCGGCGUGGUUGGCCAUCCCCUACGCCAAGAGUACACAAUAAUCGGAGCCCCGGUGAACAAGGCUGCAAGGCUGAUGGUCUACUACCCCAACACAGUCUCCUGUGAUCAGGCCACCUUCUUCAACUCUGGACUGUCUACUGUCCACUUCCGGCAGCUCGAAUCCAAAACCCUCAAAGGACUGGGCAAGGUUACUGGCAUCUAUGAGUAUCUGGAGGGGCAGGGGCUGGCCGAGAUGACAAACUUGCACCUACCAGUGCUGCUGGGCAUGCAGGCAGAGGUGGAGUCUUUCCGUGAGCUGUUGGCGGGGCAGAAGGGCUUCCCGGCGGGCAUCAUCUAUAGCGGCGAAGUGGGCAUCGGCAAGACCCGGCUCCUGACAGAGCUCUACAUUCUCUGCGUCGACUCGCAUCUCCGACCUGUCAGUCUCACGCUCAACGCUUCCCAACUCAAGAAACCUUACAUUGCGUUGCGCUAUCUUUAUCGUGAGAUAUUCGAGCUAGCCAGUGACACGCACAUCUCCAGUGUUGCUAAUAAAAUAGAGAGUCUGUACAAGGACACCGACUUGGAAAUGUUUGUGAGUCUGUUGAACCCUGUCUUCAAUUUGGAUCUGCCCAGCAGGCUUCCUAAAAAUCAUGAAUUCACUGAACUGGAUUUGGCCGCGAUGCAGAAGAGAUUGUUGGCCAGGCUUGUUGAAUUGACAGCUAUAAAUCUGGCCAUAUUCAUAGACAACAUGGAUUACUGUGAUCCGAAAACAGUAGAAAUGAUUCAGUCGUUCCUGACGAAAGGCAAUUGUCUGGUUGUGAUGUCUUGCAACCGCGCUCGCUCCGUAAAGGUGACGCGCUGGUUUCCCAACUGCGCAUGCGUAGAACUGGAGAACCUAGAGGAAUCUCUAUUGCCAGCUCUUGCCUGUCAAAUACUCAAUGUGCGAGCUAUACCGAGAACCGUUCACCUACUGAUCUGCAAGCACGCCGAAGCGAGCCCUGGCUGGUGUCAGCGCUACCUGCAGAGCCUCAUCGAUUCGAAGGCCAUUCAGGUGGUGAAGAUGCAGCGCAAGGACCUCGACAAAUUGGACAAUAUGAUUGUACCCGACUACAAUCUCCUGAUCAGGCGCCUCAUUGGCCAGGAAGUCACCACCAAGCGCGUCAUCUCUGUUCAGCUUCCUUCUCUUCAAGAGACGUUCGACUCGGAAGUUGAUGUUUGCAUUUUGGAAAGUUCUGACGCUAUUGACGAAACUGUACCUGCAUCAAUUGAAGCUAUCAUAAUGUCAGCGUUCGAUUCUCUUCAACCAUUCGAGCAGCUGCUUCUCAAAUGUGCUGCAGUCAUUGGAGACAUUUUCCCGAGGGAUUUUCUUGUCGCUAUGCUACAGAACAAGAGCAAAAAUAUGGUGGCUGUUGCUACAAAAAGACUUUUCGAGAUGCACAUACUCUGCUGCUAUAAUGAAAUGCAACGCGAAAAGUCGCAAUCAAUUGACUCUCGGAUAAACGAGACGGGUUUGACUGUUGAUCCAGUGUGUUCAUGUCCCUAUAUAGAAAGCAAUCAUGAUCUUUUGAGAGAAAAAGACGAACUGAAAUUACCUACCUUUGCAUUUUGUCAAGAAAUAGCCUUCACGUUGCCUAUGUUCAGGCAUAAAACGUAUGAUCUUCUACCCCUAAAUCAAAGGCAAAUGUUUCAUACAAGAGCUGCUAAAUAUCUUGAAAGUCUUCUGAAAUCUGGAUCAGUGGUAGACGAUAUUGGACAGUCAGACUUCAAAUUUGUUGACAUUUGUACAGCAUUCACGUACCGCCCUUUGAUUUACGACCAGCUCAUAAGACACACUCAUAACGGAGUCCUUCCCGUGAAAGAGGUCCAUUGCAUGAUUGAAUAUGCGCAAUAUUCUAUACUGAGGAAUAGCCCUAGGAGAGCACUCACUCAUCUAGAAAAAGUCAUAGAUUUGGUUCAAAUGGAAGGAGAUCUCCCAAUGGCACGUGUUCUAGCACUGAAAUCUGUCCAUGCAAUCCUCAGUAGUCGUGGAGCAAAUUUAGCAGAUCUGUUCAUAGCGUUGGCAAAUCUUCUGGACGUGACCUGCUUGCUCGGAUUGUUCAGCUACUGCGAUCGAAUACUUGAAAAAGGUCAAUCGAUUCUGAAUAUGCGGGUGAAAAACAUGCAUAAUACAGAUUUUGUGGCUGAAGAAAUCGCCAUUGGGAAAUUCAUAUCAACUGCGUUCAAAGUCAAACUUCUAGAAGGUAAAUUGGUGCCAGCUUAUGAACUUGGAAAAGCAGCUGAACUGAAAGCCGAGGAAUGUGAGGCUGAGGCUGCAUUGCUCUGGAAUAGAUGUUUCUGCAUUUUACUGGCUAUACAUUUGAAAAAGAUUGAUCAAGCUGUUUAUUAUUUGGAAAAGUUGAGAAACGAAGGAAAAGAAAUGUCUUCAACGUGCUACUUUAUAUUCUCAACCUACCUGAUCCUGUAUACUGGUUUGAUCGAAGAAUCUCCACACAGGGCGCUCGAGGAAGUCCAUCGAAGUCUCAUUGACCUUGAACGGCCACUGGCUAUUGUAUUGGCUGUAUUUUUCAUUCGCAGAGAUGAAAUGUACAGAUACAAGUUUAUUGAGCAUAUUCUGUCGACGGAAGAAGUUACAAUGUCAAAUGUGUUUUUUGAAAUCAUGCUGCUGGAGUUUUUCAUCAUUAGAAUGGUGCGCAAAAAUGAUUCGAGAAGGUGGGAUAAGAAGCACAUGGCUAGAGAACUGUCGCACAUUGCGUCAUUCUGCAUCACUCUGUGGAAUGUUAUCAAGGCUCGCGUCAUAUUCUUGCUUCCUAGAUUCUAUUUGAUGAUGGCAUACAUCCAUAGGAUUUUCAAGGCCAAAAGUUUAUCAGACCUUUACCUCACCAAGGCUGAAUCAGAAAGUCAAAGAUUAGGAGAUAUUCUCGAGACGGAAUGGAUCAGUCACAAUAGGAUGAGCUGGUCACGUGAAGAGGAUGAGAUGUUCUGCAGCUGGUUGGAACACUCGUCACGGCUCAGACAUGUCAACUGGAAGGAAACUGAGAGUAUGUUCUACUAUCCGCUGCCUUUGCCCAGAGAACCACUCAGUGUCGGCAUGAAUAUGGACGUCUUCAAUCCAAUAUUCGACUCGACAUUCCGCUAGAUUGCAAUACUCACUUCAUUGUGUAGCAAUCUAGACAAUAUGUAUAGCAUUGUUGUACAAAUUAUACGAAACAACACCUCCUUAAAACAACUCUUGUAUAACUAACAUACUAAAUACAGCCGUGAUUACAGAGGAUGUGAGGAAGGAAGCACUUGAUGUGUUGUUCUGACGAGACAAACAUGCUACUUUCUUCGCCAGUGGAUCCUUGAAACAAUACUUUAUCUGAAAGGUACAUUGAAGACCUUAUUUAUGAGCUAAAGACCUUUGAUUAUUUCUGGACUGGGCACUUCAGAAGUUAUAAUUUUCAAUGCUUUUUGAGUUAUGAGCUUAGCCCUCAUGCCUCAGAUAAGGCUUUGAUUUUAUUACUGGACGGAACAAUCUAGAAGUUAUAAUUUUCAAUGCUUUUCGAGUGUCACUCAAGUUAUGUGCUUAGCCUUCAUGUCUCAGGUAAAGCUGGUUUUUGUCAAGAGGAAAUUAAGAGCUCAAUCAACUUGAACACCUAGCGAUGUCUGUCUAAUCGAUCAAGAGCAAUGGAGCGGAAACUUGUUUUGAGACAUCUGACUUCAUUUACCGUAUUUAUUAUUCCUUGUCAGUUUCUAAAACGAGAUUUGCCGUUUCAACACUUAGUGCCGGUUGCACAAAAGCCUGUUAAAUUUCAAUUGUGAUUAAAUUCCCCGAGGAUCAAUCAGAGAAGCCUUCUUCUCUUCAAAAAACCCUUCUCUGAUUGGUUCUCGUGGCAUUUAAUCAUGAUUAAAACUUAACAGGCUUUUGUGCAACCGGGUCUUAUUAUUGUCCUCCGUUUGGCUGAUAAUUCAGAUGUUUGUGAGAAUUAGCCGAUCGGAGGACAAUUUAUUUUGAGUGUCGGCCGGCAAUCUGUAAGUGUGAAUAGGCCAUUUGAUUCCCUAACUUGUUGACAUAUUUAAUGAAGGCACAGCUUUCUUAGGACAAUAAUAUGAAACUGACAACCAUUAAAAAUGUUUAUUGACUUUUAUUGUAAAAAUAAUAAAUCAACAUUUAAAAUGCGUUACAAUAUUGUUCUAUUUUUCUAGUAGAGAACAGCAGUUUUACUUCAGGAUUUGAAUAAGCUAAAAAUAAAUAAUCAACUAUCAAAGUAUUUUUUCAAUUCAUCUUAUAAUUUAUUUAGAUGCAAAAAAUGCACAACCAAAAAUUGAAACUUGUUUCUAAAACUUCGAAACAACAUUACAUAGAUAAAUGUGAAUUGACUGCUAAAAGGUGGAAUAACAAAAUAUGAUGCAAUCCCAUGAUUAAAUAACGGUGACAUUAAUUUCAAUAAUAUCAUCUUUGAUAGCUUUGAUUAUUCUAAAGGUACUUUAGAAUAUCUUCAAGAGGGUUGAAAGUUGGCUAGAAGAACACAUUAUUGGAACUCAAGUGCAUAAUCCAACUAAAGCUUAUUUAUCAGAUCACAACGAUUUGCACAGAAAAUGUAUUCAUAAUCACAAAUUAAGUAGUAUAGCUCACUUAGAAUUUUCAAGAAAUAGAAGAGAUGGUGCAGAGUUGUUAUCAUAUUAAUCAUUCAAACGAUAUGUAUCUUUGAAAGCAUAUUUAAAUCAUUGAUAUGCUCUCUGGAAAUAAGAAACAAUAUACAAUAACCAAUAGUAACAGAAUAUCAAGUACUGGAUGUAUAAUUAUCAUGAAUGA